AUGUCCCAUGUAUCUGACCUGCGCUCACCGGCGCCUUCGCGAUCGUUGGCUUCCUCGCCGAGACCCAAAUUCGAUGCUGAUUUGUUGAAGGCUUAUAUGAGAAAACUCCUAUCUUCUACUCUGCAAAGCAGUGCGUGGCCUGGAAAGGAUCGUGACCGACUCAAAGGUUGGAUGAAGGAGAUUGGGGAGAGGGUUAAAGAAAGAAUGCUGGAAAUUCAACCACGCGGAUUUAAAUAUGUUGUAUUGGUACAAAUUAACGAAAAUCUCGGCCAGGGUGGCAGGUGGGCUGCCUGUGAUUGUUUCUCUGCUCAUCUGGCCAUCUGA